GUUGGCAGAUCGUCGAAUAGAACAAAGCUAUAGAGGUUAGAAAGUGAAUAAAUAAAGAAAGCUUGAAAAAAUUCGUAGAAUUCAAAGAGAUGUUUAAUGAUGUGCACAUUGUGCUGCAAUCUGCAUAGUUAAGUACAUAGUUUUUGACCUCACUUGCUUUAAACAACUAUUACAAGCUUUGUCACCACUGUAUUGUUUGUUUAAGUAGGCUAUCAGAUCAUGCAUUUUUGCUUUUAACAUAGAGCAAGGAAAACAAGGUGUAAUUAGAAACUGGGAGCAAGAACAGAUGGCUUCGAGCCCGGGAUUGCUUACUGACUGGCCAUGGAAGUCACUAGGAAACUUCAAGUAUGGACUGUUGGCACCAUUUGUGGCUCAUAGCAUUUAUUCAUUUGCCACAAAAGACAUUGGAGAAAGAAACUACUUCAACUUUCUCAUUUUCCCAUUUAUAUUGUUCCGAAUGCUUCAGAGCCAGCUCUGGAUUUCCUACUCCCGCUACAGAACUGCCAAGAACCGGAUUGUUGACAGGAGCAUCGAGUUUGAGCAAGUUGAUAGAGAGCGGGAUUGGGAUGAUCAAAUGUUGAUGGUGGGACUUUUAUACUAUAUGAUUAGUCUGGUGGAUCCAGAAGUUGCCAAAGUUCCUCUCUGGAGAACAGAUGGUUUGAUCAUCACAAUUUUGCUUCACAUUGGUCCUAUCGAGUUCAUCUACUAUUGGCUUCACCGCGCACUUCACCAUCACUAUUUGUACACUCGCUACCACUCUCACCACCACUCUUCUAUUGUCACCGAGCCCAUUACAGCUAUUGUUCAUCCAUUUGCAGAGCAUAUCGCGUACCUUGUGCUAUUUGGAGUUCCAAUGGUGACAACAAAUUUGACAGGCACUUCCUCACUGGUUUCUCUGUUCGGUUACAUCAUUGUCUUCGACGUGUUAAACAACAUGGGACACUGCAAUUUUGAGUUCAUACCCUCAUGGCUUUUCACAGCAUUCCCACCACUUAAAUACUUGUUAUAUACACCAUCAUUCCAUUCUCUUCACCACACCCAAUUCAGGACAAAUCUAUCACUUUUCAUGCCCAUUUAUGACUACGUAUAUGGAACGUUUGACAAGUCUAGUGACGUUUUGCACGAAACAUCCCUGGAAAGGCAAGAGGACUCUGCAGAUGUUGUUCAUCUGACACAUUUUACAACUGUGGACUCAAUCUAUCAUCUCCGUUUAGGCUUUGCUUCUGUCGCCUCCAAACCUCAGAAGUCGACAUGGUACUUAAGGCUAUUGACGCCGCUCACAUGGUGGUCCAUGAUAAUGACUUCUUUCUUUGGACAAACAGUCAUUUCUGAGAGGAACAGAUUUAAAGAUCUCAAGCUACAAUCAUGGGCCAUUCCAAGAUUUAAGUUCCAAUACUUUUGGAAGUGGCAAAGGAACACUGUAAGAGGCCUGAUAGAAAAUGCCAUACUAGAAGCUGAUGCAAGGGGAAUAAAAGUGCUUAGCCUAGGCCUAUUGAACCAGGAUAGAGAGAUUAACCGAAAUGGAGGUUUCUACGUUGAGAAAUACCCUGAGCUUAAUGUGAAGAUUGUGGACGGAAGUAGUCUGGCCAUUGCUAUUGUCCUCAACAACAUUCCAGAAGGAACAAGAGAAGUGCUCCUGAGGGGUAAACUUACGAAAAUUGUUUAUCCGAUGAUUUCAGUUAUUUGUCAGAAGGGAAUUAAGGUGGCCACCGUAUACGAAGAUGAAUACUUGAUGCUCAAAGAUCAUAUGAAGUAUCACCAUAAUCUUGUGCUUUCUAGAAGUUAUGAUCAGAAGGUAUGGCUGGUCGGAGAAGGAUUGACGGAUGAAGAUCAAGCCAAGGCACCGAAAGGAACAGUGUUUAUUCCUUAUACAGUGCUUCCUCCAAAGAAAGCUCGCGAUAACUGUUUUUACCAUCACAUACCAGCAAUGCUCAUUCCUGCCUCGGUUGAAAAUGUGGACUCUUGUGAGAACUGGUUGCCCAGAAGAGUGAUGAGUGCUCCGCGAGUCGCUGGAAUGGUGUAUGCUCUGGAAGGAUGGACUGAACAUGAAUGCGGCGACAGAAUUCUGGACAUCGGAACAGUUUGGGAAGCUGCCCUUAAACAUGGAUUCAGACCUCUCUCUGUUCCUUACUAAUCCAUCAAGUCUAGUAAAUAUUUAACAACAUAAAGUAGUUGAUGCACUAUUAUAAUUUAGUCUGUAACAUCAAUAAAAAGAGGCAAAGUAACCUCUAUGUAGAAGUUAUCAUGUAAAGUAUCGUUCUUUUGUGA